GGGCUUGGGGGUGCUGAGGGAAGUGGGCCGAGGCUUGUGGCUUGCUUGGGGCCAUGUGGCCUGCCUGGCAGGGAUGGCUGUGGAUUGCACGGAGCCCACCCCCUUCCAAGCUGUUUUGCAGGUGGUACCAUCAGGCUGGAAAACGGGACACCAUCUUCGCUCUGUCUUCCGCCCACGGGAAAUGCGGCGUGGCCGUGAUUCGAACCAGCGGCCCAGCAAGCCGCUCGGCUUUGCUCUGCCUGACGGGGGCGAAGGAGCCUCCUCCUCCGAGAGCCGCCACCUUGCGAAGGAUCCGCGACCCGAGUUCUGCUGAAACCCUGGACCGCGGCCUCGUUGUCUGGUUCCCAGGGCCGGGCAGCUUCACAGGUGAGGACAGUGCCGAAUUCCACGUUCACGGCGGGCCGGCAGUAGUGAGCGGCGUCUUGAGUGCUUUGGGUGGCCUCCCGCAACUGCGCCUCGCUGAGCCUGGAGAGUUCACCAAACGGGCCUUCCAGAACGGCAAACUGGACCUGACAGCGGCCGAGGGCCUGGGGGACUUAAUCCACGCUGAGACGGAAGGCCAGCGCCGGCAGGCUCUUCGGCAGAUGGACGGGGACUUGGGGCAGCUCUAUCGGGGCUGGAGCGACGUUCUCACAAAGGCCUUGGCCCACCUCGAAGCUUACAUUGAUUUCAGCGAAGACGACAACAUUGAGGAGGGGGUGCUCGCUCAAGUGGAAAAUGCUGUCAAGACGCUGGAGACAGAGUUGCGCGAGCAUUUGCAGGACGGCCGCCGGGGAGAGAGGCUACGGGACGGCGUCCAUGUGGUGAUUGCCGGGCCCACCAAUGCCGGGAAGAGCAGCCUUCUCAACCUCUUGUGCCAGAAGCCGGCAGCCAUAGUCUCCCCCAUCGCGGGGACUACCCGGGAUGUGGUAGAGGCCGCCCUGAAUAUCGGUGGCUUCCCCGUGGUGCUGAGCGACACGGCAGGGCUGCGGGAGACCGACGACGCCGUCGAGAUGGAGGGUGUGAGCCGGGCGCGCCAGAGGGUGAGUGACGCUGACCUGGUCCUCGCCGUCCUGGAUGCGGAAGACGUCGCCCGGCGGCCCGGCCAGCUGGCCCCCAUUUUGAUGGAUAUUCUGCCGCCCGAGGGGCCAACAGGGGGCAGGCCGUGUCUUCUGGUUCUGAACAAGUCCGACCUCCUUGGGGAAGGGGACCGAGCGGAUCUCCUGGGGGCCGGUGCUGAUCUGGGGCUGGGCUCGGUCUGCUUGCUCUCCUGCAAAACCAGAGAUGGGAUCGGUGCCUUCGUGCAGGCAUUGCAGGGGCAGCUGGCCCAAAUGUGCGGCGACCCCCUGGCUGGCUGUCCCAGCCCCACGCAGGCCCGCCACCGGCUCUGCCUGACCCGAUGCCUGGAGGCCCUGGGCCGCUUUGGCCAUUUCCGGCUGCUGGACCUGGCCCUGGCCGCGGAGGGGCUGAGGCAGGCGCGGCGGCAGCUGGGGCACCUCACCGGCCACGUGGGGGCCGAGGAGAUCCUGGCGCUCAUCUUCAAGGACUUUUGCAUCGGCAAGUGAGCAGGCGGGCGCCUAGGAGGGGCAGAUCGUGCCGGGGCACGGCGCCAUCCGGCUGCCGGGGGGCGGUACUGUGGCGGAACCGUUUCGAAAGCCUUCCCUGCGCAGAGGAACGAGGGCCCUGAGAAUAUUUGGCAACGGCUGGGAAGGGGGUUCGACGAAAGAAAGAGGAAAUUCAGAAGUUGCUUCCCCUGUUGAAAUAUGGUCUCUCCCCCCACCCCGGUCCCCCAACACACACCCUGUACCCCCAAAUUUUCAGCUGAAGUGAAUAAAAUCAGAUGGCUCAGCGGACUCUUUUUCAAGCUUGAGAAAUUGCUU